AUGUCGUCUGUUAUUGGUAUUGCUUUCGGAAACACUUCCUCAUCUAUUGCUGUAGCUAACCAAGACGGUAAGGUCGAGGUUAUUGCCAACCCUGAUGGGGAUCGUUCCAUUCCAUCUGUCUUGUCCUACGUUGGUGAAGAUGAGUACCAUGGUGCUCAAGCUAAGGCUCAAUUGAUCAGAAACCCACAAAACACCAUCACCAACUUCAGAGACCACAUUGGUAAGAAGUUCGUCGAAAUUGUUGCCGAUGAAGCUAAUGUUGCUGCUCCAGUUGUUGAAGUUGCUGGCGGUCUUCCAGGUUACAAGGUUAACAACGAAACCAUUUCCGUUGAAGAAGCUACCAAGAGACACUUGAAGCAAAUUAAGAUUGCCGCUGAAGACUACAUCGGUAAGUCUAUUGAAGGUGUUGUCAUGACUGUCCCAACUGAUUUCACUGCUACUCAAAAAACUGAAUUAGCCAGAAUUUCCGGUGAAGCUGGCUUGAAGGUUGUUCAAUUAAUUAACGAACCAUCUGCCGCCCUUUUGGCUCAUUUAUCUGCUGAACCUGAAAAGUUGUUGCAAGACAAGGUCUAUGUUGUUGCUGACUUUGGUGGUGUCAGACUGGAUGCUGCUGUUAUCUCUGUCAGAGGUGGUAUUUUUACUAUUUUAGCCACUGCUCACGAACAUGGUUUGGGUGGUGAUCAAUUAGAUGCUUCUCUUUCCGAAUACUUUGCUAAGGAAUUCGAAAAGAAGUACAAGGCUAACCCAAGAACUACAGCUAGAUCCCUUGCUAAGUUGAAGCAAGAAUCCAUCGUCGUCAAGAAGACUUUGUCUAACGUUCAAACUUCUACUUGUUCCAUUGAAUCCUUGGCUGAUGGAUUUGACUUCCACACCACUAUAAAUAGACUUCGUUUUGAAUUAACUGCCAAGCUGGUUCUUUCUCAAAUGACUGCAUUUGUUGAAAAGGUUGUUACCAAGGCUGGUUUAGAAAACUUGGACAUUGACGAAGUUUUGCUUGUCGGUGGUUCCUCCCACACUCCAAAGUUGGCUUCCAAUGUUUCAUUUGUCUUUCCUGAAUCAACCGUUGUUGUUGCCCCAGCUUUAUCCACCAAGGCUUUGGACCCUGCUGAAUUAGUUUGUAGAGGUGCUGCUUUGCAAGGCCUGCUUGUCGAAGCUUUCGAUGAAGAAGAAAUCCACGAAUCUCUUCAACCAGUUGUUGUCAACACCCAACACUUGAAGCACUCUAUUGGUAUUAAGGAUGCUGAAGGCAACUUCCAAUCUAUCUUGGUUGCCGAAACCGCUUACCCAAUCAAGAAGAGUAUCGAAGUCACCAACGGUGAAUCUUCUUCUGUUGUCGUUGAAUUAUACGAAGGUAAGAGAACCAUCAAGGAAACUGUUCUUGAAGCUGAACCAAACUCUGAUUCUGAAGAUGAUUACUCCGAUGAUGAACCAGAAAUCAAGAAGGAAGUUGUCUACGAAUGUGGUCAAUUACUCGGUGAAUUGGCUCUUAAGGAUUUAAAGCCAAACUCUAAGCUCGAAGUUAUCGUUAACAUUACUCAAAAUGGUACUUUGCACGUUUCUGGAAGAGAAUUGAAGCAAGGUUCUAUUGCUGUUAAGGGUGAAAUAACCGCGUAA